AUGGCUCGUGAGCUGACGAGCAGAUUUUUCGCGGGAAUUUUGGUGCUUCUCGGCGUGUUUGGUGCCACUUCCUAUGGACAAGAAAUGCUUCCGCCACCAUACCUCGACAUCGACCAAUCAGAGCAGACGUUUCACCCAGGUGACAGCCUCGCCGUGACCUGCAGGGGUCGUGCUCCCGUCAGCUGGAGUCACCCCGAAAACGUCGGUGCCAACACGGCGGGCAGAAUCUCCGUCGAAAUUCCCGGGAACGGAACGACAACGACAGCGGGGGAAGAGUACUCCAGCGUUCUCAGGUUACGUAACAUGACGGCAGCCGACACGGGAAGGUUCCGCUGUUACUAUAGCGACACGCUGCCGUCAGAUGUGGAGGACAGCUACAACGCUGCGAGCGUUUAUGUGUUUGUAAAAGAUCCCAGUAAACUGUUUGUGAUGAUGAUGGAGAAUAUUCUCCAGACAAAGAAAUAUCGUCCCGUCACCAUCAAGUGUCUCGUGACAGACCCCGAGGCAAAUGUGACCCUUUGGACCAGGACACCAGAGCUUGUACUGGGUAAAAAGUUGGCAGGCUAA